AGUAAGCUCACUAAUAUAUUUGUUUAUUAUCCACUAGGCUAGUGGUUAAUGGCUAAUGGCAAUUGAUAACGUCUGUAUUUUUUCCCUGUAGUUCAUUUUCGUUGUGGCCCAAAAAGCUCUUGAUAACGGGUCAGAUGCCUGCAAAGACUUCUGAGUUACAAAAAUUAGCGGAGACGCACAGCUUACCGAUCAUUCACAUUUAUCCAGCAGCAGGAAGCUCAAUGGAAAACAGUUCUAUUUUUGAUGUACUGCUCAAGAACUUGGGUCUUAAGAAGGCUGUUGCAACUGUCCGGUUCCCACAAAUUGGGCCGAAUGCUGGGUUGGUUCUGAUCUACAACGAAAAGCGACUCAGCUUAGUCGGACUGCUUUUCUUGAAAGUACCCAUCCCGAACCUGACAGUAGGAAUGCCGGCUACUCUUCAACAACAGCAGCAGCAGCUCCAACAGUUACAACAAGGUGUUGUGAACUCCCCUAACCUCAUGUCGCCGGCAAACCCGAUCGGUGCAAUCAGUCCAGAGCAGCAGCAGUUCUUGAUGCAGGCGCAACUCAUACAGCAGCAAAGGAAUAGGAUCUUACAGCAACAAGCCCAACAAGCUCAGCAACAGCAGCAACAGCAGCAACAACUUGCUUUUCAGCACCAACAAGCUUCGUCGCAAGCUGGACCAGUAAAUAUCAACAAUAGCCCGAUUCAGACAAUGGGAAUACCAGGUCAAACAGCAGGAACCCCCAACAUGAUGCAAGGUCUUCCAGGAGCACCAUUCGGAUCACCACUUACAUUUCAGCAACGAUUUCAACUGCAGCAGCAGCAUCAGCAAUUGCUUCAACAGCAACAGAUGCUUCACCAGCAGCAGCAACAGCAGCAACAGCAACAACAGCAACAGCAACAACAACUUCAGCCUCAUUUACAGGAUCCAAGUCAAGGUUGAAAGAAAUGCUAUGCAUAGACUAUUGUACCAUAGACAUCAUUAUAAUAAAUAC